GAGUAUGUCCCAAUCCAGACUGGAUCUGGUAUUGAUUUGGCUCCUUACUAUGCAAAGUAUAGCAGUCGCACACAGCAAGCUGUCUUCUGUAUGAACCCUUACAAGAUCAACCUCGAACUUAUUUUGGAGCUCCUUGCAUACUUGGAUAGAAGUCCCCAGUUCAAGAACGUUGAGGGUGCUGUACUGAUCUUUUUACCAGGCCUUGCCUAUAUCCAACAGCUGUAUGAUCUCAUUUCAACCGACAGAAGGUUUAACUUGCGUGACAGGCACAGGUUGAUAGCUUUGCAUUCUGUUCUUUCAACUCAAGAUCAAGCAGCUGCAUUCACAAUACCUCCUCUUGGUAUUAGAAAGAUUGUUUUGGCAACCAAUAUAGCAGAGACAGGUAUUACGAUACCUGAUGUUGUAUUUGUAAUUGAUACUGGGAGAACAAAAGAAAAUAGGUACCACGAGAGCAGUCAGAUGAGUUCCCUGGAAGAGACCUUUGUUAGUAAAGCUAGUGCUCUGCAGCGACAAGGAAGAGCUGGCCGUGUUAGGGAUGGAUUCUGCUUCCGAAUGUACACAAGAGACAGGUUUGAAAGUUUCAUGGAAUAUUCUGUUCCAGAAAUACUGCGUGUGCCUUUGGAGGAAUUAUGCCUUCAUAUUAUGAAAUGCAAUCUUGGUGCUCCUGAAGAUUUCCUUUCCAGAGCAUUAGACCCACCACAGCAGCAAGUAAUUGGUAAUGCAAUGAACCUGUUGAAGAAGAUCGGGGCUUGUCUCUUAAAUGAGCCCAAGCUGACUCCAUUGGGACAGCACCUAGCAGCCCUGCCUGUCAAUGUAAAGAUUGGCAAAAUGCUCAUAUUUGGUGCUAUAUUUGGCUGCUUGGAUCCUGUGGCAACUCUGGCUGCUGUUAUGACAGAAAAAUCCCCAUUUACUACACCAAUUGGUCGAAAAGAUGAAGCCGAUCUUGCAAAAUCGUCGCUAGCAAUGGCAGUUUCAGACCACAUAACAAUCUACAAUGCUUACCUGGGGUGGAAAAGGGCUCGACAAGAAGGCGGGUAUCGUGCUGAAAUUACUUAUUGUAGAAGAAAUUUCCUUAAUAGGACCUCACUGUUAACUCUGGAGGAUGUGAAGCAAGAACUCAUAAGGGUGGUCAAAGCAGCCGGGUUCGCAGCACCUACAGCGCAACGUGGAUGUGAUGGAAACGGAGCCACGCAACCCCUUUCUCUCCACGAAAUAGCUCUUCUUAAAGCUGUGUUGACUGCAGGACUCUAUGACAAUGUAGGAAAAAUAAUAUAUACAAAGUCGGUAGAUAUUACAGAGAAGUUGGCCUGCAUAGCAGAAACUGCUCAGGGGAAAGCGCAAGUGCAUCCAUCGUCUGUAAAUCGAGACUUGCAGACAUAUGGCUGGCUCCUUUACCAGGAGAAGGUGAGGUACACUAAGGUGUUUUUGAGAGAGACUACUUUAAUAUCCCCCUUUCCCAUUUUGCUUUUUGGUGGGGAUAUAGAAGUCCAGCAUCGGGAGUGUCUCCUGACUGUUGAUGGCUGGAUCCAUUUUCAG